AUGGAUGUCAUCGUGCCCACCAGCUCCGGCUGGAAGUACAAGGUCAAGAAGGGAGAUGUGCUCCUGUGCAAACAGGCCCUCGAGCAGAUGGACCCGUCCGUCUUCGGCCCUGAUGCCCGGGAGUUCAAACCCGAGCGCUUCGUGGGAAACCCGGAGCCAAGAAAAAGAAUGGUCUUCGCCUACGGGUACGCCGACGACGACAAGGUAGCCGGCGUGUGGGGAUGGGCGGCCCACGCCGUCGGGCUGCUCGACGGUAUUCUCAAGAUCGUUUACGGAAGGUGGGUGGAGGAGGCCGAGUGGGAGCUGACCAGUGUCCCGGUGAUCUUUCCUGACGAGUUCGUCGCAACAGUCGGUCCGGCGGACCUAUCCUUCGCGAAAGUCACGUCCCGCAAGAAGUAA